AUGUCCACCAGCGAGCGUUUCGACUGCCAUUACUGCAAAGAAUCCCUGCUGGGGAAGAAGUACAUAAUGAAAGAGGACACGCAGUACUGCACUAAGUGCUAUGAGAACCUGUUUGCUAACUGCUGUGAGGGCUGCUCUUUAGCAAUUGGCUGUAACAGCAAGGACUUGUCCUACAAAGAUCGUCACUGGCACGAUCAGUGUUUCAACUGUGCAAAGUGCAGCCGCUCUCUGGUGGAAAAGGCCUUUGCUGCAAAGGAUGAUUUGUUGCUGUGCACUGAAUGCUACGCCCACGAUUAUUCCUCCAAGUGCGCCACCUGCAAGAAAACCGUCAUGCCAGGAUCCCGCAAAAUGGAAUACAAGGGGAACAGCUGGCAUGAGACCUGCUUCCUGUGCCACCGCUGCCAGCAGCCAAUAGGAACCAAGUCCUUCAUCCCAAAAGACAGCGGCUACUUCUGUGUGCCCUGCUUCGAGAAGCAGUUUGCCUACCAGUGCUGCGCUUGUAAGAAGGCCAUCACAACAGGUGGAGUGACCUACCAAGACAAGCCCUGGCACCGUGAGUGUUUCCUAUGCAUCAGCUGCAGGAAGCAGCUGUCGGGUCAGCGCUUCACCUCCAGGGAAAACUACCCCUACUGCCUCGAAUGCUUCAGCAACCUGUAUGCAAAGAAGUGUGUGGGCUGCACCAAAGCCAUCACCAGUCUGGCAGGGGCCAAGUACAUCUCUUUUGAGGAGCGCCAGUGGCACAGCGAGUGUUUCACCUGCAUGCAGUGCUCUGUGUCACUGGUGGGACGCGGCUUCCUCACCCAGCGCGACAACAUCUUGUGCACCGACUGCGGCAGGGAAAAGUGACCUUUCCAUUAUCCCAAUAACAAUCAGAGCUCCUGUCCUGAAACAGAUAUCUCUA